CAGUUCAAAACAUAACCUAAAAACGGCGUAAUGCGAAAACAACAAGACAAGUGCAUUUUUUAAGACGGAGAUGUUGUUGAUACUAAGUGCUUUAUGGCAUUCUUUUCAACGUCUUUAGUUUGUCCAUAAAUUAACAUCAUCGACAAUAUUUCCUCUGCAAGAAAGAAUAUGACGGAAGCGCACUUUUUAUAAACAAAAUUAGCAUAUGCCAGCACGUCACAACCGCUUUGAUAAAUUGUUUAUUAUAAUGAGACUAGCCAAUCUGUUCAGCUGAGAGUAGCCGGUGUUUGUGAAAUGUUACUGAAAUGCGUGCGAUUGAAAAGAAUACACGUGAAGUGCCUCUUUCUAGUGCUCUUCGUCACGUUUCUAGUGAUGUUCUAUUUAAAAUCAACGCAAAGCGGAAGGGUAGACGUCGACGGGUCCGUUUUUAAGAGAGGUAAACUUAUCUCCAAUUUAAGCAGUGUUUACGAGAAGAAACUGAGGGAGUAUGAGAGCAAAAUCAUCCCCAAUCUGGGGGACAACGGGGAGGCUGCUUUUCUGGAUGGCAGUGAUGCCUUGAAAGGCGAAGAAGCCUUGAAGACAUUUGCUUUGAAUACCAUUCUGAGUGAUAGGAUGCCUUUAGACAGAAAACUGAGGGACCCAAGACACAAAAAAUGUAGGAAAUUCAAGUACAACCCCAAGCUGAAAACGUCAGUCAUUGUGAUAUUUUAUAACGAACUAAUGAGCGUCAUCUUGAGAACCGUCUGGAGCGUCAUUUUACAGACGCCCAGCAGAUUAUUGGAGGAGAUUAUUUUAGUGGACGAUGCCAGUAAUGAAGAAACAUUGAAGGGGCUGUUGGACUACUACGUAGAUACUAGGCUGAAAAAUUACAACAUACAAAUUAUACGACUGAAAAACAGGCUGGGAUUAAUCAGAGCACGUUUGCAAGGCGCGAGGGUAGCUCGAGGGGAUGUCCUGAUUUUUUUGGACGCGCACUGCGAAGCUACCAAGGGAUGGGUUGAACCUCUUCUCUCCCGAAUACAAGAGGAACCCACUGCCGUCUUGGUGCCCAUUAUAGACGUCAUAGAGGCCAAUAAUUUGGCGUAUUCGACAAACGGAGACAGCAGCUUUCAGGUGGGCGGUUUCUCUUGGUCGGGUCACUUUACUUGGAUAAAUAUACAGAAUGAGAAGGACAAACACACCCUGGGCCCCGUGAAGUCGCCUACUAUGGCAGGGGGGCUGUUUGCUAUCGACAGGAAGUUCUUUUGGGAUAUAGGCUCCUACGACGAACAGAUGGACGGUUGGGGCGGCGAGAAUCUCGAGAUGUCCUUCAGGAUAUGGCAGUGCGGCGGCAGAUUGGAAACUGUUCCGUGUUCGAGGGUGGGUCACAUCUUCAGGGAAUUCCACCCAUACUCCUUCCCGAACAACAAGGACACCCACGGCAUCAACACGGCCAGACUAGCACACGUAUGGAUGGACGACUACAAGCGGUUCUUCUUCAUGCACCAGCCCGGCCUCGAGAGCAACCCCAUAGUGGGCGACCUGACCCAUAGGAAGCAACUGCGCCAAAAGCUGCGCUGCAAGUCCUUCAGGUGGUACCUGGAGAACGUCUACCCCGAGAAAUUUAUACCGGACGAGAACGUCUUCGCUUACGGUCAAGCUCGCACGGAAUUUGACAUGUGCCUCGAUGAUCUGCAACUGGGGGAGGACAAAGUCGGUCCCUUGGGGCUGUACCAGUGCCACCCCUAUCUAGCCAUGUCACAGUACUUCUCGGUGAGCAGCAAGGGGGAGUUGAGGAAGGAAAACUUCUGCGCUGAGGUGUUCAACGAGAGGGACGUGCAGUUGACCGAGUGCCACGGGCACAAGAGGGAGCAGUAUUGGGUGUUGUAUAGGAACGGGACGAUUUUCAACCCAAGCACUAACAAGUGUUUGAGUAGCGACGGGGUGGAGAACGGUAAAGGAUUGAAGGUGCACGGGUGUAAGAAUACCGUGUACCAGAGGUGGAAGUUUGAUCAUGUCAAUAUUACGGCUGUGGUUGCGUGAGAGGCUUGCACGUUUAUACUUAUUUUUAUGUUACCAGAACUAUGGACUUAAACCAAAAACUUAAGUUGAUGUCGAAAUUAAUUGGUUUUGAUAUUUACUGAUCAUUUUUAGAAUUUAUAAGUUAGAAGUAAGUCAGAAAUAGUUACAUAUCAAAUAUCUAGAUUCUGAUUACAAUCGUUAAGUCUAAAGGGUAGUUUGUUGUUUUGUAUAUUUAUUUGGUGUAUUGAAAAACUAACAUUAUUCAUUUUAAGAUGUAAAAAGUCUGUGCUCAACUUAAAAAUCCCAAAAACCUAGUGAAUAAGUCGUUAAUUAAGUUUAAAUAAAUAUAUUUUUGUGGUUAUUAAAAGUUUAUUAACAAGUAUCCCCGGUGGUAUAGAAUUUCCUUGAACUGAUUUACCUUUAACUCUUCAGAAUGUGAUCUUACGAUACUUUAAAAUAUGUACAUUAAUAUUUUCUUAAAUAUCUCGGUGGUGCUCCAUCUGCGGGUUAAAUGCUACACUCUGUAUAUACACAUCCCCAAUUUUGUUAAAUAAAAGUUAUAUUUUUCAGUCGUAUCCUUUUAUUUCUUCACCUGACAUACCUCUAAUUGCAACGAAAAUUUAACCACUCGCAGAAGAUGAAAAUUAGUCAUAUUAAAUUUAAAUAAACAUAUUUUUGUGGUUAUUAAAAGUUUAUUAACAACAAGUAUCCCCGGUGGAAUAGAAUUUCCUUGAACUGAUUUACCUUUAACUCUUCAGAAUGUGAUCUUACGAUACUUUAAAAUAUGUACGUUAAUAUUUUCUUAAAUAUCUCGGUGGUGUUGCGUCUGCGGGUUAAAUGCUACACUCUG